AUGGAAAGCUCUCCAGGCGGAGAUGGUAGUAGCAACGCUACUCCAACAUCCAAAUCUAGGGGAGCUCAACAUCUUGAAGAGAUUGAGGAUCUUACUGUUAAUUUGUUUUUGGAACAAAUUAAUGUUGGUUCAAAUGCGAACCAACCAAAAAGGCAAUCGAAGAAGGAAACAACGUCAUCACAAGCAAGGUGCGCGCCGCGAAAAAUGGAGAACUGGACCAUUAAAGAAGAUGAAGCGUUGGUGUCGGGUUAUAUCAAUGCCGGAGGAGAUGUUGGUGAUGGGACAACUCAAACUAAAAUCCAUUUGUGGAAUAACAUUGCUGCAUUGUAUGAGCAGACACGCUUAGGAAAUCCCAAGGACGACAUCAAACAAAGGACGAUGAAAGCUUUGCAAGUAAGGUGGGAUACAAUCAAUGGAACUGUUGGGAAAUGGGUAAUGUGCUACUCUGAAUGCCAACGUGGCAAACCCAGUGGGAUGACUGAGGAAGAUGUUGAGGGUGCGGCUCAUGAAAGUUAUGAAAAGUUACAUGGUCAACAAUUCAUGUUGAUGCAUUGUUGGAAGCAUAUGAGAAAGAAGCAGAAGUGGGGUGCUGGAACCAUGGUGCUACCAACUUGUAGUCAAGGAAGUUCUAAGAGAGGGGAGCCUGAGUACGUUAGGGGUGAGUCCUCAGAGAGUCGACCCGAUGGAGCUAAGAAGGCGAAAAAGAAAGGGAAAACAGUUGCUCCAACUGACUCCUCGGCCAUCGACUUUGAAACCUUGACAUAUACUCUAAAUGAAAUUAGUGACACAACGUAUGAUCAAGGAGAAAGAAUGUAUGAUCUAAUUAGGAAGCGAAGUGAUGAAAGAAAAAGGCAGAAGGAAGAGGAGGCAAAGUUAAGGAUUUACAGCAUAUUAGCCUCUAACCCUAAUCGCGACAGUGAAGACGAAAAGGCGUAUAAGAAGCUAAAGGAUGAGUUUAAGGGACGAUACUAUUAG